GGGGAGGAGGAAGGUUCGGGGUGGGAUGGCGGCUCAAAUUCCCAUCGUGGCCACCACUUCCAGUCCCGGGAUAGCCCGCAGCAGUAAGAAGAGGCCUGCCAGCCCUUCUCACAACGGCAGCAGCAGCGGAGCCUACAGCGCCAGUAAGAAGAAAAAAGUGUCUGGUUCUAGCUUCGCGCAGGGUAUCAGCAUGGAUGCCAUGAGUGAGAGUAAAAUGGUGCCCUCUGACUUUAGCACCGGACCUAUGGAAAAAGCUGUCAAACCUUUGCCAUUUAAGGAUCCCAACUUUGUGCACUCUGGCCACGGUGGUGCAGUAGCUGGCAAGAAAAACAGAACCUGGAAGAACCUGAAACAAAUUCUGGCUGCUGAAAGGGCCUUACCAUGGCAGCUGAACGACCCUAACUACUUCAGUAUUGAUGCUCCUCCAUCCUUUAAGCCAGCUAAGAAGUAUUCUGAUGUUUCAGGCCUUCUUGCCAACUACACGGACCCCCAGAGCAAGCUGCGGUUCAGCACCAUUGAGGAGUUUUCCUACAUUCGGAGGCUGCCGUCUGAUGUGGUCACCGGCUACCUGGCCCUGAGGAAGGCUACAAGCAUCGUCCCAUGAGGAUGAGGAAAGAAGGGCGAGUGGAAGACUGAUUCAUGGAUCUCACAAUUUUGUUCCAUGGCAACAAACCCAUCCUGCCAUCUUUCUGAAAACGCCAGUGCUGUACCUCAGGAAGGAAUAUUUGGCUUUAAUUUAAGUGUUUUUCUCGUAUGUUUUCCCUCCAGGUGAGAUAUUUCCUGUUGAAAUCAAUUAUACUUCAGUUGUUGCGUCAAGUAUAGCUGUUUGACAAGAAAACACAAUAAAACUGUGCUUUUAAUUUAACCCAA